UUUGGGAGGUCCUGGAGGACUGAAUGCGCGCGUAGGAGUCUUGUGGUCUGGGGACUACCUGUUUGAGGGUAUCGUCGAGACCCUCGAGCUGCUGAGAUCUAGAGGCAAACGGCUGGUAUUCGUUACGAAUAACUCUACAAAAUCCCGGGCCGAUUACCAGAAGAAGCUGACGGCCAUGGGAAUCCCGAGCAAUGUGGAGGAGAUCUUCGCCUCCGCCUACUCGGCCGCAAUCUACAUCUCGCGGAUCAUGAAGCUGCCCCCGCCUAAGAACAAGGUCUUCGUCAUUGGGGAGAGUGGCAUCGAAUCCGAGCUGCGCGAAGAGGGCAUUCCCUUCAUCGGCGGCACGGACCCGGCCAUGCGUCGCGACAUAACGCCAGCUGAUUUCGAGGGGCUCGCUGACGGCUCGCUGUUGGAUCCGGACGUCGGCGUCGUCCUGGCUGGACUUGACUUCCACAUCAACUAUCUCAAGCUGUCAACGGCCUUCCAAUACAUCCGUCGGGGCGCCAAGUUUCUCGCCACCAACACCGAUAGCACCCUGCCCAUGAACCGCACUUUCUUCCCCGGCGCCGGGUCCAUCUCCAUCCCCAUUAUCAACAUGACGGGACAGACGCCGUUGGCGCUAGGCAAGCCUAGCCAAGCUAUGAUGGACGCCAUUGAGGGCAAGUUCCAGCUAGACCGUGGACGUACUUGCAUGGUUGGCGAUCGACUCAAUACCGACAUCCAGUUCGGUGUCGAGGGCAAGCUAGGUGGGACACUAGCCGUGCUGACCGGCGUGAGCAAGAAGGAGCACUGGGAGACCGAGAACGCCGUAGCCGUGCCCGCUUACUACGUCGACCAGCUGAGCGACCUCCGAGCUGCGGCGUCGUGACGUUAUAAGGCAUUCUGAUCAAGAACCCCUUCACCCAUGGCAUGUCGUGAGAUUUUGAUGGUCGUCGGCCUACGCGCAAACUAGAAACCUAUAGACAGAAGAAGCCAAUCACGGAAAUGGCCGGUGGAAGAAUCGCCUGAAAUUUUAUAUAACAGAAAUACACUAGAUUCUACCACCUGAAACAAUACAUAUGCCUUGCUGAUAGAGAAA